AUGGGUAGUUUGGCUCACUUGGAAGCAUAUCAAAGGCCAUUGGCCAAGGAGGUUCAUCGGUUGGCUAACUUGGGAGUUCGUCUUGCGGACUCUAGUGAAGGUGGGGUGAUUGUGCAAAAUACGGCUGAAUCAUCUCUUGUAGUGGAGGUCAAGGAGAAGCAAUACAACGAUCCAUUCAUUGAGAUGGCACCGUUCAAGGCUCUUUAUGGUAGGAGAUGUAGAUCUCCCAUUGGGUGGUUCAAGAUUGGGGCAGCAGAGUUGAUAGGGUCAGACCUCGUGUAUCAGGCUAUGGAGAAGGUUAAGAUUAUUAAGGAAUGGAUGAAAACUUCUCAGAGUUGGAAAUUGAGUCCGAGGUAUGUCGGACCAUGCAAAAUCAUUCAAAGGAUUGGUCAGGUGGCUUACAAGCUUGAGCUACCAUUAGAGAUGUCGUUAGUACACCCUGUGUUUCAUGUAUCAAUAUUGAAGAAGGUAGUUGGAGACCCAACACUCAUUGUUUCGGUUGAGACCAUUGAUAUUAGUGAAGAAUUGACUUAUGAGGAGAUUCUAGUUGCCAUUCUUGAUAGGCAGGUUAAAGAGGCCACCUGGCAGGCCGAUGUAGAGAUGAAGAAGAAGUACCCCCAUUUUCUCGAAUAA